AUGGAAAAUUCCAAGGAAGAAAAUCUACCUGAUGUUACUGAAUCGAACAACUCGCCAAAGCAAAAUGAGCCAUAUCAGGAAGAAGAAGUGGAUCCAAGAGUACAGAAAUUCUUAGAAAUACUCAAUGUCAAGGCUGUUGAAAUUAACGAUCUUGAAAAGAAAAUUGAAGCACAACGAGCAGCUUUCCAGCGUACACUUAAUGAACUUGUUCCUCAACUUGAGGAGAUCAAGAAAAAACGUGGUAAAUAUAUCGCGAUGGCUAGUCCAUACUAUAAAGCAUUGGAUUAUCUUUACAAGUGUCGUCGAAACUUACAAGCAAAGACACUACUAUAUCAACAAGCUAAAUUAGACCACGAAGAAGCCAAACAUAAGGUUUCUGCUGUAGAAGAAAGUUUUGAGGCUACUGGUGGACUGGAGAUGACGGAAUCAAAACAAGAGUCUUUAAAUAGGGCUACAAACAAGGUCAAUGACGCCGAACAUAGAAAAGAUCUUUUAGAAGCUGAACAUAAAAAAGUAAUCUUAUCUUGUAGUGAGGCAGAAAAUCGAUGUCAGAUUUUGAAAAAAAAUCUAAAGAAAGCGACAAAAAAAGCAAAGCCUUUUUACGACUUGAAAGAAAAGUGUAAUGCUUUACUCAAUGAACAUAAACGACAAAUUGAAAAAUACACUCGAGCCAUAAAGUCGUGUAAAGAAGAGUAUGCUGCCACUUUGCUUACCCUAGAACUGUUAAGUGAAAAUAUUCAUGAGAGCCGCAGUAAAUUAAAUUUAGCCCAAUUUAAUGAAGACAAUACCGAAAAUGAUCAAUCAGCUAAUGUCGGCAAUUACAUAGAGGAUUUAUCAAAUCGUCUUGACAAUGAAUUUGAAAUCUUUAACGAUGAAGCAUCUGUGAAUAGCAGUACUCCUUCGCUAGCUAGUGAUAUAGAGCAGAAUUGUAACAUCGAUGAUGACCCUGAAAAUGAGAAUGUAGCUGAUACUUCCGAAAUAAAUGACUCUACGUAG